AUGGGGGGAGGUUGUGGUCUCCACGGCGCUAAACGCGAUUUGGGCCUUCUAGGAUUUGGAGGGAGGCUAGCUGGCAGGUCGCAGCAGGUGUCGAUUGCGCGCGGUCCAGAGCGACCGAGCUGUGAGGUUGACGGAAGCUGCGCAUUGGUGGGGAGACAGGCCGCCCAGCAGCAAAGCUGGCAGCUCCCUUGCGUGCGUGGGCGCGCAGUCGAGAUUGCCGCGCAUCCUCCCAAUCAUGCCCAUGAUGGCAUGUCAUAUCGUGGCGCCUGGCUCGUCUCUGCGCAACGGUUGGCUGCUGUGUGCGACCGUGUAUCUGUGCGUCUAUGCGUCUGCGCGCCACCACGGUUUGCAAGGGUGGCUUUCCCAUAUUCCCUGCCGAUCCAGGGCAGGGUUGCAUUCGUCCGGUCCAGCAAGAUGCAGGGGUGA